CAUUCCCCUACGAGUCGGUAUUAUAUCCUGAAGAAAGUGGCGUCUACUGUUGUCAAAUUUCAGAAAAUUAAUAGUAGUUUUUCUGAGAAAGAACGCUAAAACUAUGGCUGAUAAAUUAACCCUGGAUAGGCAUGCUAUGAAAGACCGGUCUACGUCCCAUCUCCGUAUUUACGUUGGCGGUCUUAUAGAGACAGCCACUGUUGAUGAACUAUACGAGCACUUUAUACAGUUUGGUCAAAUUAAUGGCAUUGUUAUAAACAGAAACUUUGGGUUUGUACAGUUUGAAGAUGAAUCUAGUGCCCAGGAAGCUAUAAACAAAGCAAAUGGAAGUAUCUUUCAAGGAAGAAGUCUUAAUGUUAAAACUGCUCAGACAAACCUUACUAUUGAAAAGAGGCAUGCAGAGAUGGCAAGCCAACAAGAAUCUCCAGCACCUGGACCCACCCCUGACAAAUUACCCGGACCCAAUGAUGAUGGAAACGAGGAACUCUAUGAUAGUUUUGGAAAUUAUAUUGGAGACCAGAAUUACAGAGAUGAAGAAUAUGAAGGUGGGUGGACAGAAACCCGUGGAGGAACACGCGGGCGUGGCGCAAUGCGGGCGAGGGGUCGUGGCGCGAGAGGCCGCGGGGCUCCCGGCUUCCGCGAUCGAUCACCAAUAUCAGGACGAGGUGCUGAGUGGUCAGAGCGAGGUUAUGAACGCUAUCCACAACCAUUGUCGGAAUAUCCACGAGCAUUACCUGUCCCUGAGAGGAAUGACUGUGAAAUAAUUGUUGUCUCCAAAACACUCACGGAAUACGCAGAAUACAUAGAAAGUCGAUUGAAGAGACUUGGGAUUGUGGUAGAUCUGCUAUUUCCCAUGGAAGAUGUGCCGAUCGGCAAAGUGUUAGGUAACAUCGCAUCCCGCGGCUGCCUCUAUGCGAUACUAGUCAUGCCUCAGAACCAAGAAAACAGAUCUUUAACACUUACGAUACUUCACGGAUUACCACAGGAGCAUCGAAAUAUGCCGCUAGAGGAUGCCUUGCAGCUACUGUCGCGUAACUUCCAGGAGGUACAAAGAGGCGGUCCUACCGGCAGAGAAGCUGUCUACGCGUUACUCGGCCAGCUUGCCGACGGCCGGACGCUCACCGUCAUGCAGUACGAUAAAGUCAUUGAAUACUUGCAGGAGCGCAGAGAGCAACAAGUAAAAAUAGAACUUGGAGAGCCCUUAACUACAGCGCCUACUAACAAAACUCAAGUUGAUUUACAGCAAAGAAUCUUAAGUAUAUUAAAUGACAAGAAAGUGUUAACUCCUAGUACUGAGGCAGCGCCCGCGCCCCCACCGCCCGUCGCAACCCCCGCCCCGCAAACUCAAAGCAAAUUACUAAAUGACCCGACUGUCAGAAAAGCAUUAGAUUCAAUACUGCAAAAGUUUACAUAGACGAGACUAUUAUAAGUGUAACUUCAGAAGGAUAAAUCCAAACUCCAUACAAACAAAUUGAAUAUCGCAAUAAGUAUAAUGUAUCAGUCGAAUGAUCACAAUAUACCUUAUAUCUUUUGUUUAGUGACCAAAAAUGUUAAAUACAAUAUUUAUAUAGAAUUUUAAUCAUCCUUGGCCGGAAAAAGUUAAAUAAAGAUUUGAUUUCUAAAUCUAUGAAAUGUCUAUAGAAAGGUAUUGUCGGCAUUUACUAGCAAUAAAACUAGAUCCUAA